AUGCUGUUUGAUGUAAAACUCAAAGAAAAUGGAAAAAUAUUGCAGCAGUUGCAAGCAAACAUCGCAAAUGGAAAAGAAAUUAAAGGAGCAUCAAAGAAUCAAAUUGCAUCUAUCGCUUUUCUGUCAUCUGUUCAUACAGCUUUCGUUCAAGAAAAUUGUGGAAAAAUUGGCUUUUUGGUAUGGAAUCUUGGAUCUCCACAACAUGUUUGA